AUGGCUGCAGCUGUCAGUAUCGAUGAUAAUUCUUGUUUACCAGAAAAUGUUCUCGAAUUAGAAGGAGAUGAUUUCUAUCGAUUUACAAAAAGUAUGAGUGGUGCAUUAUUGACUGAAGUACUUAAAAUACAGGAUAUUGAUUCAGUUUUUAUAUUUUUACAAACAAGUGAUAUUUUUGAAAUAUUCCAACAUGAUUCUACAAUAUUACGAGAUUUGAAAUCAAAAAUAGGUUUCAAUUCAAAUGAUGGCACAUUUCAAGUCAAACUUGGUUUAAAAUUGCAAUACGAAUAUUUAUCAAAAUUAUUGAAAUCAAAAUCAGAUCAGAAAUAUACAAAAUCAUCGUCUCUUACAUCUGAAAAGAUUGAUAUACUAAUUAUAUGUACUUGUUGA